CAAGCCCAAUAUAUUUACAAACAAAUUACAUAUCACCACCUUUAUCAAUUCCUUCAAGUACACCUAAAAAAGAACCUUAAUUUCAAAGUUAGAACCCAAGUCUAUACUUCAAAUACAUCUGGUAAAUCUGACUUACUUAUAAACUUAUAUGGUACCAUUCAUGUGAAUGAUCAAAUUGAAGUACCUGUUGAGAUCUGGGUACCUUUAUCGUAUCCCUUUAUUGAUUCGCCAGAAAAGGGGGUACCCCAAGUUUAUAUUGUACCGGAUCAUGCUAAAAACUACUAUUUAAAGCCAGGUAACCAAGUUGAUAGUCAAGGGAAGUUUUAUCAUCCUUAUUUGUCAAGUUGGUACAAUGAAUGCAAUUCUAGCAACCAAGAUUCACAACCAAGAUUCAAUUUACUUGAACUCAUCAACGUUGUUUAUCAAAGUGUGAUGGUCGACCCUCCUGUCUCUCUGAGUCCACCAAUGGUUCAUGCAAGUUCUUCAAGUGAUGCUGUGCCUCAAUUACCACCUAAACCUGCAAAGGUUCCCUUGCACCAACCUCCAGUUCCUAAUACGACCCAAGUACAGAGCCCACAAUUGACUGGACCUCCAAGCGUCGGUAUACCCCAGUCAGCUAACCCACAAUAUACUGGACCUAGGAACGAGGUUAACACGAUGGGCCCGCAAACGACGGGACCUCCAUUGCCAGCCAAACCACCCAAACUUCAAUCACCAACUACUCAAACCAUAAAUCCGAUUCCAUUAAAGUACCAAGCGCCAUUACCAUUACCAGGAGAACAACCACAACUGCAACCUCAACCACCAGUUCAACCUGAAUACCAACAUUUCAACCAAGCAUCACCACCGCCACCUUUUCUGGCUACUCAUUUCAACUAUCCCAAGGAAACUUCCGCAUCUCCUAUUCAACCCAUCCCAUAUGGGCCUCAAAAAGCUGCUCCGUCACCACAACAGCUCCCUCCACAACAACAUAACAUUCAGCCAGGAAAUAGAUACACACAACAACGAGUUGAACAUCCGCAAGAGAGACACCCAGUACAUGUUCAACAUCAACCGAACCUUCCUAUUGCGAAACAACCAGUGGUGGACUUGAUGGAUGCGGUUGCUUCCAGUUCUAAAGGCUCUACUUCCACUCAGUCUGAUGCUCAGCGUAGACAAAUGUUGGAACAAUUAUCAAUCAAGAUUAAUUCCUAUUUGACAGAUCCAACCAAUGGUUCGGUUAAUAGCGAUGUUCCUAUGGUUAAUGAACAUGCCAAUAAGGCCGAAGCGUUGUAUAACCAAUUAAAUCACCAUUAUCAACAAGCCCUUGGAAACACUAGAAAUCUUGAUGACCAUUUGGCGUAUCUUACAACUCAACUAACCCAUGUUAGUAAUUUGAAUCAAGAAUUGAUGAAAUUGGAAGAAUUAAACAGCGCCAGCAAAGACAAGGUGUACACAGGAACCAAUACGGCAUUAACUUUGGAUGAUUUGAUUAUUCCGGACCUGCCAUUAGUCAAGCAAUUGUACGAAACUGUCCUGGAAAUCAAGUCAAUUAAAGAUACUAUCAAUUUAAUUUCUGGUAAUUUCCAUAAUCAACCUGAACUUAUAAAUGAUUCUCGAUUGGAUGUUUGUAUUAAAACAGUGAGGAAUUUAGGACGAGAGUUAUUCUGGUUAGAGCUCACCAAAGACGAGAUAGCCCAUAGCAUUAUGAAUUUACCUCGUCAGUGAAGUAAUGGUAUUAGUGUUGAUGUAUUUAGAUAGAUUGCCUAAAUAGGAAAUCCCCACGCCGCACGAUGUAACGAU